UGGCCGGAGAUGCCAUCAGUCAGCUAGCAGCAUCGGAUAGCAGCACAUCAUCGCAACAGCACAGCCGAGAAGUUUACGAACGCAAACAUGCCAGCAGUCAACGCCAGCCUCUACUUUAACCCCAUGCACAUGGAUAAGAAGGCUCAGAGAAAGGUUCUGAAGCCAAAGAUCGAGAAGAAGAGACGAGACAGAAUCAACAGCAGCAUGGAGGAGCUGAAGAUUAUAGUCCUGCAUGGACUGAACAAGGAUCCUUCCCUCUAUUCCAAGCUGGAGAAGGCAGAUAUCCUUGAGAUGACCGUCAAGUACAUGAGGAACGUGAGCAGCGGCGCUCAGCUCGCAUGCAGCGACCGCUACCGAGCUGGCUUCUCUGAGUGUGCCGGCGCCGUCUCGCACUACAUGGCCACCGUCGACUCCUCCCUGCAGGGCCGCAUGAUGAACCACCUGUCCGCUGUCGCCGCCUCGCGGAUGAAGCCCGAAGCUCAGCCGCCGAUGAAGACAGUCGUACAGCAGCAGCAGGAACCGAUGACGCGGUAUCAGCAGACGAUGAUCAGCCCGCCAAUCAAGAAGGAGCUGCCAGUGUGGCGUCCGUGGUAACGACAACGCCUCGUCAGCAACCACAGUCUGCCUCCCGAGACUGCCAGCCAAUCACGAUGUCUUGAGCUGGACCACGUGACAUAGCGCGGAGGAGAGAGAGCCGCAUUGAGACUGGCCUGGGCAACCGUCGUCACCGAUUUAUCGGAUAUCGACAGAGAGCCCUCACUGAGUCCGUCACGGAUGGCGUCAUGAUGCCAUGCGUCGGUCCAUACGAACAGUUGACCACACAGCAGCCGGCAAGACAUGACGACGUCACCAAUAAUUGAUGACGUAACCAUUGUUGCUCCACGCGCAUGAUAUCGACAUGGCCAUGGAAUUCAUUGACGAUAUUACUACAAGUCGUACCGUAUAAUGUGUUAGAUUGAAUGUAUCGCUGUUAUUGAUCGAUACUGUGGAUUAUUCCCUAAUUGUUUGUCGUUUUUGUCUAAUAGUACAUAGUGUGCGACUUACAUUCAUUUACAAAUGUCGCACAUGGGUAUUGAUGUACGUGUAAUUUUUAAUUGACGAUGUGAUUUACGUUUUUUAUUAAUAAAAAGACUUUGUCAUAAAAAA